CACGUGACCCGUAGUGGGUGGGGGGGAGAGGCGAGGAGGAGGAGAAGGAAGCGACCGGGAAAGAGUGCCGGCGUUCCUGCCGACGCCGCCGCCGUCGCCCUGCGUCUCUCCCGGUCCCGGCCGGCGCCGCCGCCGAGAGCGGACAGUGUGGGGAGGCGUAUCCAUCAUGGCGUCUAUGCAGGUGAGCAGCCUGCGGCAGGCUGGAGUGGCGUGUCCCCUUCGUCCCCAGAAGAGGCUACAGAAAGAACUGCUAGCUUUGCAGAAUGACCCGCCACCAGGAAUGACCUUGAAUGAAAAGAGUGUACAAAAUUCAAUUACACAGUGGAUAGUAGACAUGGAAGGGGCUUCUGGAACAUUAUAUGAAGGGGAGAAAUUUCAACUGCUAUUUAAAUUCAGUAGUCGUUAUCCAUUUGAUUCUCCUCAGGUUGUGUUUACUGGUGAAAAUAUUCCUGUUCAUCCUCACGUUUAUAGCAAUGGACAUAUCUGUUUAUCUAUUCUAACAGAAGACUGGUCUCCAGCUCUUUCAGUGCAAUCAGUUUGUCUUAGCAUUAUCAGCAUGCUUUCAAGUUGCAAAGAAAAGAGAAGGCCACCAGAUAAUUCAUUUUAUGUAAGAACAUGUAACAAGAAUCCAAAGAAAACAAAAUGGUGGUAUCAUGAUGACACUUGUUGACACCAUCGUUCUAUGAUUCUCCUAACAGAAGAUAGUCCUACUGAGAAAAUGAGCACUUUGAUCAUUCAGUCUUUGAACUUUAACCUCCUGACUGGAAAUGAUAAAUAGGCAAUGAAGACUACUUCCUUUGACUGAAUUUUUACUAGUAUGCAUUCUGGGCGCAUGUUGAUUGCUGGUUCACACCAUGCUACUGACAUGCCUUUCGUAGUCAUACAACGUUAAUGCUGGAAAAUGUCAUUCAAUUUUAACAUUUGGAAGAAUUCCAGGUCUUCAUGUAUUGUGCAAUAAUAUGAAUUUCUUGGUGGUUUUGGUAUAUCCAUUGCCACAAAAGAUUGUAUCAGGAAACAUAUAUGCUUUCCACACAAUAGUUUAGAUGCAUGAUAGGCCUAUGAAAGGUUUUAAGUAUAUUAGGAUGAUAAGUAACCUAUCUUUUACUUUGAAAGCCACCUAAUUUGUUUAGAUAUGGAUUCUGUGCACUGUGAUCAUAAAACUAGCAGCAUAAGUUAAAACAUGCUUAACCAAGAAAUUAAUAAGAUCAUUGCAUAUUUACUGAACUGUCAGUGUCUUGACAAGCAAGUUUUUUCAAGUUAUGUCAGCAGAGAGGUACGUUCUAUGGUAGAAUAAAUAUCUUUUGUUUGUGUAUGUUAUAUUUCUGAAGAGAAGGUAUGAAUAAAUAAGAAGUGGUUUAAUCAAGGAAAACCAUGUUAUAAAAUAGAAACAGGUAGCAGUGAUAAAACUGAAUUUGCUGCAGUCCAUGAUUGGGCUUGUUAAUAUGUAUACUAGAGCUAUUUUCCAAGUAGAUUGCACACUGUUAUUUCAUACUAGCCUUCAGCAUGAGCCCUGUUGCCUACACAAUAUUUCAUUUAUUUAUGUGUCUAGAAAUUUUUUGAGUUCAUAGUUUCUUUUGUGGUCUUAUAUGUCAUAUUUGAAUGUUAUAAAACAAUAUUUUCACUGAAAAGCUAUCAGAAGAUAUUUUCUUGUAAAUUAUUUCUUUAUUAACAUUUAUCUUGUCUUUUAAUUCUGUACCAUAAAGAAAGAAAUACAUUUUGGACAGAGAUGAACUGUUUUGACAAAAAGUGUGGAUCUUUUUAUUUAAACUUAAGACAAAUAUAUAUAAAUAUAUAUAUUUUUCUUACCUUACUUGUCCCAUACAGCCAUAACAAUUUUCCAGGUUUUCUUUAAAGAUAUGACAAAAACUAGAUUUACCUUUUAUAUAGAAAAACAAUUGUUAAACAAUAGUGAAUUGAUCUUCACCUAUAUGUAAUUUUAUGAUACUGGAUCUAGGCUGUCUUUUUAGGAAGCAAUGAUGUGUCUUUUAUAAACUUGCUACCUUUACACAUAUGCAAACUUUCUAUUUCAAUGCUCUUUUUAAUGUUGCCUUACUGUUGCACUAAAAAAAAUCAAAUCUAGUAGUCAAUAAAUGAAUGUCUGAACUGCAGAGUAAACUUCUUACUUGAUUUUUAAAGUAAGAAUCAUAUAAGCAAAACAAAUCUCCCAGGAUUGGCUGAAAAUACUCUAGUGUGUGUGGAUUUUUUUUUAACUGCUGCAUUGAAUCUUACAAGUUUUAUAGAUAUGUAUAUACUACAGUAGCUGUAAUAUUUAAAAUCAAUAUAAUUGCUAAGCUCAGGGGUGGGAAGAAAUCAAAUGAAAGAAAAAGAGGUGUUCUGUCCAGGCACUGAAUUCCAAACUAUUGGUAGAGCAGUUUUAAAUAAGGGUAUGUUACCUUUUCUGUUUUGAAGAAGAUUAUUGGCCUCUUAAUCAAAAAUAAGAUACUGUGGGAAAACUUGUAUAUAAAUGUUUAUAUUUCUCCAUUGCAUUAUUAAUAUUACUAUAGUAAUUUUUGUUCAAGCCAAAAAUAAUGUUGAUGUUGACAUUUGUAUUCCUUUUUGAUUUUCUUCUAGGUCUUUUUCCAUUUGUAAAUUAAAUUGUGAAAACAUGUUAAGAAGUGUAUACAUGAAGGGUACCACUAAAUAUUUAAAUGGAAUCUUCAUAAUUCCGCAACCAACAAAAACUAUGUAUUCAUAUGUUUAGAUAAUGUCAAUCUGUUCUGUAAUUCACUAUGAAGGACCUUCAUAUGUCUGGAGGUUCAAUUUGUCCAUCUUAAAGAUUAAUGCAACUGUUCCCAUAUAAUAUCUGAUUUUUAAAGGUUGGUUACAUAAUCCAUGCUUUAGUCUUGCAUGUAUUUUAUUUGCCUAUAGAUUUCUCAGUUUGGAUUAAAACAAAAUUGCUCAACAAAAUAUUAACCGGGUUGUUUUAUACUAUUUCUUGGGUGUGGAGGCUGUUUAAAUAUGUAGUAAGGAUUUUAAACCAGAAUUGUAUCAUUUGGAUUUUCAUAAACUGGAUGAUCCCACAUUAGGGCAUGGAGGCAGAGGAAGAAAUCAAGUUUAGCUUUUUUCGCUUUACCCUUAAAUUCUGUUGUCACCUGAAAAUCUGUUUUGGGAAAUUAGGAGCUCACUGCAAAAGUAUAUGAAAUGACAUAGUGAAAAUGAAGGAUUGAUACAAAUGAUCAUUCCUUUUUUUCGUAAAAAAUGGUGUCACUGAAAAAAAUAUGUUCUCUACAACUGGGACAUGCUGAGUUGAUUCUGUGCCAUCAACAAGUUCAGGAUCUACUUUCUACUUAAUCACAUUUCAGUCUGUAAUAUAUACAUGGAAGAUGCCCUUUUGGGGAUUUUUCCCCCUGGAGGCUGCUCAUCAUUAUAAAUUGCACUUAGUAGCAAACAUCACAUUUUAUUAUUCAUUUUAUAUAUGUGGUAUUUUGCUUAGAACAUGCAAGGCAACUUACAUAGAGAUGUUCCUUAAUUUUAUCCUGGUUAUCAACCUGUGAGGUGGAUUGAAUUAAAGGGGAAUCAUUGACCUAAAUUCAGUCAUUGAAUUCCUUGGUUUCUGUUAAUGUUAACCACUCGCCUCAAUAUCAUUUUGAAGU